GGAGGCGGGCCGGGGGCGGGUCUGGCGCCGGAAUUCAGAAGAGGCGGCUUCUCCUUCGGGCCGGGCUCGGUGGUCGUUGCCGCGGCGGCUGGUGUCUCUCCGCGGGAGGCGCCGCGUGCUGAAGAUCCGCGGGGCUGGCAGCCGCAGGGCGGUGUAUGUGGUGUACGUCAGCAUGGCAGUGCCCUUUGUGGAAGACUGGGACCUAGUGCAGACCCUUGGAGAAGGGGCCUACGGAGAAGUUCAGCUAGCUGUGAACAGACGCACCGAAGAAGCAGUUGCAGUGAAAAUUGUUGACAUGAAACGUGCAGCGGAGUGCCCAGAUCAGAUUAAGAAGGAAAUUUGUGUUAACAAAAUGUUAAAUCAUGAGAACAUUGUAAAAUUCUAUGGGCAUCGGCGAGAAGGCACUAUCCAGUAUCUCUUCUUGGAGUACUGCAGCGGAGGAGAACUCUUUGACCGAAUAGAGCCAGAUAUAGGAAUGCCUGAACCAGAUGCACAAAAGUUUUUCCACCAACUUAUAGCUGGUGUGGUCUACCUCCACAGUAUGGGAGUAACGCACAGGGAUAUUAAGCCCGAGAAUCUCUUGCUAGAUGAAAGAGAUAACCUCAAAAUUUCUGACUUUGGUCUAGCAACUGUGUUUAAAUACAACGGUCGUGAGCGACUGUUGAACAAGAUGUGUGGCACGCUCCCAUAUAUCGCCCCAGAGGUCCUUAAAAGAAAAGAUUUUCAUGCUGAACCUGUUGAUGUCUGGUCAUGUGGAAUAGUGCUCACUGCUAUGUUGGCAGGAGAAUUGCCUUGGGAUCAGCCUAGUGAUGCCUGUCAAGAAUACUGUGAUUGGAAAGAAAAGAAAAUAUACAUUUCACCAUGGAAGAAGAUCGAUUCAUUGCCCUUGGCUUUACUUCUCAAAAUACUCACUGAGAACCCUACAUCAAGACUUACUAUUGCAGAUAUUAAAAAAGACAGAUGGUAUACAAAGCCUCUAAAGAAAGGUAUAAAGCGACCUCGGGUCUCUUCAGGGGGACUUUCAGAUUCUCCAGCAGGGUUUUCUAAGCACAUUCGUUCUGAUAUGGACUUCUCACCAGUGAAAACUGCACACAGUGAGGAAAGAAAGACGUGUUCCAAUUCCCAGCCAGAACUGGGCACUGGCCUUUCCUUGUGGGAUAGCAGUCCAGCUGGUAUUGACAAGCUAGUGCAAGGGAUCAGCUUCUCCCAGCCAGCCUGCCCUGAACACAUGCUGGUGAACAGCCAAUUGCUUGGCACGCCAAGUUCUUCACAGAACCCAUGGCAACGCUUGGUGAAGAGAAUGACUCGUUUCUUUCUGAAGCUGGAUGCUCCUCAGUCAUAUAGCGUCUUGAAGGAGGUUUGUGAAAAGAUGGGCUAUAACUGGAAGAAAGCUUGCACGAACCAGGUCACCAUAUCAACCGUGGAUAGAAGAAACAAUAAACUAAUUUUCAAGGCAAAUCUGGUGGAAAUGGAAGACAAAAUUCUUGUGGAUUUCCGUCUGUCAAAGGGUGAUGGUUUGGAGUUCAAGCGGCAUUUCCUGAAGAUCAAGGGGAAACUGAGUGACGUUGUCAGCGUGCAGAAGCUGUGGCUUCCCACCACAUGAUUGUGUUUGAAGUUGAAAGCUGCUCAGUGUUGGAUCUUGUCACUCUGACUUGGUGUCUUCUGCUGAGAGACAGUUAUGCCUGCCACAGUCUGGACUCAAGAGUUCGAUGGUUUGCUUGGUUAAGUGAAGCCAUUCACUGGUGGUGACAGGAAUAGAAAUAAUCUGCAUAUAAUACCGCACCGACUACUGUAAUGGGGCAAAGUUUUGCUGCCGCAUUUCAAUCCGACUGUGCUCAUGAUAAAGCUGCCAGUGCCUUAACUUAUGUGAAGUUCUUAGAAUUAUUUUUGUAACGCAUUCAAGACCCAAAUACUUGUAUUCCUUUCAAUCUCCAAACUGCUGCAAUCACAAAACAAUGCAAAUUGAAGCCUGGAGCAAGCUGCGGCAUUCAUGUUUUGAAAAUUUCGACAAAAGUUCACUUUUUGUAAAUUUGAUGGUACUAGUAUAUGAAAUAUUAGGAAUGUAGAAUGAGAUCCCUAAGCUAUUGUUUGGUUUAUAAUAGUUUGUGGAUAUCUGAAUGAAGCAAUGCUUCUAGUCCUUCAGUUUCAUAUUGGUUCAGUCUAAGGCGCAAAGCUAGUCAAUAUGGCAACCCCCAAAGCAUCGCUUUUCACUGUGGGGUCCUUAAUUCUGCUUGGAAUUGCAUCAUUUGAAGUGGGGAACGAGGAACUGUUUUCUGUGUCCCCCCCCCCCUCCAUUUUGAUGCCAUAUUGGGGGACCACCAGAUGCCAUAUUGGGGUUUGGGGGAAUACCAGCCCCCACCCCACCCCCCUGUGCUGCAGUUUCUAGAAAGAUCAUGCCUCCCACGGUGUUUUAAGGAGUUUUUUUUUUUAAUUAAACAUAGCUGUGAAAUGGUGCUGUCUCUCUGUGAUGGACUCAGGGAUGCUGCAUUAUCUAGUUCGGUCCUAAGAAGAACAUAAAUCAGAACUGCAAUGAUUGUUAGAGGGCCUUGUCAAAUUUUCUACUCUUAGAUCAGUAUUCAGCGGCACACACAUCCUUCCCGCCAAAAUCUGACAGAACCCAUUUAGCCUCUAGAAUAGUGGUCUCCAUUCCAUUAUUGUCUUUUCUUUGCUCCAGGUGUAUUUCAAAUAGAUGCCCCAGGGUCAUUUUAGUGAUGCCUUAUACCUCCACUCCAAGAGACAGGAACCAUGCUUCUGGCAGAUCAUAUUAAAGAACAAUAAUGUGAAUUUUUAAAUUUGCGUGUCGUGAAAAAACUCUGCAAGAAAACACGUUACAUAAUAAAGAAUAUUUCAACUUGAAA